AUGGAAAAUAAGGAUUCCCCUCCAGUCGACAAUAAUUGGCUGAUGACUCGCAACAUCGCCUGCAUCGAGAAAGCCGUUCGUCUUGGCCUAGUCAAAGAGAAUAGUCUAACCGUUGAUCGCAAUGGGAUGCUACACCUUGCCGAUGUGAUCAACAACAGAUACAGCACAGCUAAUUCUAAGGAGUGUACCACGAUAGCACGAAAUGAAAAUCCUACGAGCAAAUUACUGGAAACUCUACCAAUAUGGCCACAGUGCGACGUAGACAUUACACAGCUGAGAGCGCUGCAGAGAGAAAGCAAGUCUCGACUAGAAUCGAUUCUCAGUAAGUUCGCUUCGAGGCGAAGACUCCCUACACCCUUCGAAAAGAACGAGGCUACUCCCUGGGACAUGGGUGAGACGAGUGCCAUAGACAGCGCCGGAAUAGAAAAAUGGUGGUUAACGUUGGACACGAGCCUCAGGCCAUACCUAUCGGCCAUCUUCUACGCACUGGCGAUUGCAUAUGGGCUCGAACAAGGCAGGUUCACAGUCCCCAUGCUGACGCUCUACCAAACACUCAGCCUGAUCGACGGCGCCGAGGAGUUCGAUCGUGAGGCCUUUUCACCCGAGCUCAAGAAAGUCAUGGCGGGCAUCGGUACCUACAGGGACUACUACGACCUCAAGGGGAUGGAAGCCACCGGCUUACGUCUGCAAGAGUACCUGGUGCCGCGACGGAUCCUGGCAGAGGAGCUCGUCGCCCUGGACAUCGAUAUGAGAGAGGCGCUUGACAUACCCUCCAAGGCUUACAGAGCUAAGGUGGACUUGGCUUUUCAAACAGAUGACCGGACUAGCUUGGAGACUAUCCGAGAUACGUAUUCUGCCAGUCUCUUGAUCCAAGACGACGAUGACCGGUUUGUCGAAGUGCCUGGUAACUAUGUGGUAAGGUAUUAUGAGUAA